UUUUUUUCAUCUUUCUAAUCGCGAAACGGUGUCUUCUUCUAAUCCUUCUCUCUCGCUCUCCCUCAGUUCUCCGUCAAAAGUCUCUUGCCGUCGCGUUCCUACCUGACAAAGAAUAAAAGAGAAUCUGGGUCUGAAGAUGGCUCGUGAUAUAUCGGAGUCUCCGGUGAGGAACCGGCGGUCGCCUCGCCGGAGGAGUCCGUCCAGGAGAGAAGGGUCUCCAAAGGGUCGUGUUUCUCGGUCUCCAUCGCCGCGGACAAAGAGGCUGAGAAGAGCCCAAGUGGAGGAGGGUGGGAGAACCAAAGAGAGAGAAUAUGAUAAGAAUAAUGGUAGAGGAAGCGAGAAGAGCGACAGUAGGGAGGUGGCUAGGAAAAGGGAAGUAGAUAGAGAGAGAGGAAAGGAGGGAAGAGAGGAUGAGAAGGCUAGGGAUAGAGGAAGUAAGAGCGGAGACGAGGAGGAAGAGGAUGAUAGGCACUCUAGAGGAAGAUAUGAGAGGUCACGUUCACCAGAUAGGGCCACUGAUUCAAGGCAUAAUGAGGGAUCUAAUGCAAGAGGGGACGGAGAGCAAAAUGAGGAGGAAGAUUCGGUAGCGAAGAUGAAAGCGGCUGAAGAGGCUUUGACAGCAAAACAAAAGGAACAACCUUCUUUUGAGCUAUCAGGAAAACUUGCUGCAGAAACCAACAGAUUCAGAGGUAUCACGCUGCUGUUCAAUGAGCCCCCAGAUGCUAGAAAACCCAGCACGAGAUGGAGACUAUAUGUUUUUAAGGGUGGUGAACCACUCAGUGAGCCACUCUACAUACAUCGUCAGAGUUGCUACCUCUUUGGUCGUGAGAGAAGGAUCGCAGAUAUUCCUACCGAUCACCCAUCUUGCAGCAAGCAGCAUGCAGUUAUACAGUUCCGGCUAGUGGAAAAAGAAGAAGCAGAUGGUAUGAUGUCGAAGCAAGUCAGGCCUUAUAUAAUGGAUCUUGGAAGCACCAAUAAGACUUACAUUAAUGAUAAUCCGAUUGAAUCACAGCGAUACUACGAGCUCUUUGAGAAAGAUACCAUCCGAUUUGGUAACAGUAGCCGAGAGUAUGUGCUGUUGCACGAGAACUCUAUUGGUUGAGCAUCACUGGAAAACGUGACGGGAGAAGGCUUCAAAACGUUCUCAUGUGGAUUUUAGGGACGAUUUCGAUAACUCAACAGCCUCUUGUUUGCUUUUUUUUUCGGUCUAUCGAAAAUCUUGCUCAUGGAACAGUUAAAGAGGGGGCAUUCACUGUUAUUUAGAAAGCUUUUGGGAACUUUUUGUUUUGGUUUUGGGUUUAGGGGUUUUGGAUUUAGGAUUUAGGUGUCAGAAAGAAAGGCUGUGUGUUUUUGUGGUGAUGAUCGAUGUUUUCUUCCAUGGAUUCGAUAAAAUCUGAAGAAAAGCUACAUCUAGUUUGAUACGAAUUGAAUUGUUAGUAUUUA